AGAUUCUGUCAAAGUCAGAUCGUGACGCAUGCUCAGUGCGGGAAGAAAGUACGCCGGUCAAAAUGGGCCUGCUUUGCGUCUCCCCCGUCCUCUAUCCGCCACUACCCCACCCACCCCGAAGAGCGCUGUCACCUUUGGAGCCAGCACACAGCUCGCAGCCUUCUAGUUCGGUUCGUCCUGGGCUGUCUUCCUCGCUCACCGGGAUUUUGCCUCGCGUUGAACGUCACAAGGGAGAGCCAAGAGUUCGGAACAAGUUCCUAGCAGAAGACUGAUAGGGACUUCGUGUGACGUCAUUAUGUCUGCAUCUACGGCGGUGGAGGCUGCGGCAGCAGCAGCGAGGGCCAAGAAGCUGAACCUGGAUAAGGCGACCAACUUCAUGAGGCAGUACCGUGACCCACAGAGCCGAGAACUGAAGAAAUUGUCCGCCAACCAGUUCAUGGAGGUCUGGAGCCACUACGACAAGGAUGGAAACGGCUAUAUCGAAGGCACGGAACUGGAUGGUUUCCUCCGGGAGUUCGUGUCGAGUGCCAAUGCUACUGACGUCAGUCCAGAGGCCGUGUCCGACGCCAUGCUGGUGGAACUGAAGCAAUGUUUCAUGGAGGCGUACGACGACAAUCAGGACGGAAAGAUCGAUAUCAGAGAGUUGGCACAACUUUUACCCAUGGAAGAAAAUUUUCUGCUCUUAUUCCGGUUUGACAAUCCUUUGGAAUCGAGUGUUGAGUUUAUGAAGAUCUGGCGGGAGUAUGACAUUGACGGCAGCGGCUACAUUGAGGCGGACGAGCUGAAAAAUUUCCUGAGGGAUUUGCUGAAGGAGGCAAAGAAGAUAAAUGACGUGUCUGAAGACAAACUCAUUGAGUACACAGAUACUAUGCUUCAGGUAUUCGAUGCCAACAAGGAUGGACGACUACAGCUAUCAGAAAUGGCCAAGUUACUGCCUGUGAAAGAGAACUUCCUGUGUCGGCAAGUCUUCAAGGAAGGGAUAGAAGGUGCUACAAAGCUGACAAAGGAUGACAUCGAGCGGGUUUUUUCUCUUUAUGAUAGGGACAACAAUGGUACAAUAGAAAAUGAGGAGCUCAGGGGAUUCUUGAAGGACUUGUUGGAAUUGGUUAAAAAGGAUUAUGAUGCCCAAGAUCUUCAGGAUUUUGAGGAGACAAUCCUGCGUGGAGUGGACUACAACCAAGAUGGAAAGAUCAACAGGAAAGAGCUGACAAUGAUACUACUUGCACUUGCUAAGCACAACCAAGAAGAGGAGACAAGUGCAUAAAAAACCCCGUACCAACCAUUGCAUCCCAACACCAAUUUACCCAGAUCAAUAUUGUUUCUAUUUAUUUUUGUACAUAUACAUGAAGUGAACUUACAUUAACAGUGGUCAUUUUGCUUCCAGAAACCUAAUAAGAAAUAUUAAAUAAGCACAUUUUGUUUAAAAUUCUUCACAGUAUUAUUAACUUCAAUUUUACAUCAUCUAGAUUACUUACAAUGGUCUCCUUUGUUGAAUGGGUAUGAAGUUAUGUAAGUUAUAUUUUUGGAAAAGUAAUAAUAAAAUGCUAUUAGUAUGUAAGUAAGAUAAUGAUGAAAGUUACCACUGUAACUACAGAUGCAUAGACUUCACUUUAAGAAAACCAUCAUGUAAAGGUUAUAUUUGUUUUUAUUUUCAGAGCUAGAUAAACUUUUUAUUUAUUAUAUAACAUCCUGCCCCAUUAAAUUCUUCAGACGCAGGGAAAAGAUCAUUAUUACGAUUAAUAAAUAAUGAAACACCAAGUCUAAUACACUAAUAAAUACAGGACUAUGAUAACAUAUAAUUCUGGCUGAACCCAAUCUGUGUGAUCAUUAACGACAACUUUUAUUUCUGUUGUAAAAAAAGUGUUCGGAUUCUGAAAUCAAGAUGGCUGCUGGUAUGUGUUUGAAUGUAUGUUUUAUAGAACGACCUUGUUCUAGUAACUACAUUUUACUUGUAUAAAGUAUAUGCAUACUGAGCUGAAAAUACAGUUAUUCAGUUCAGGUCAAUAUUAACAACACAUUUAUGACGUGUUCCAAGUCACUACGCUCAGCUAUGAUUACUAUAUGUGUCAACUAAAAUACCUCUUGUGAUCACAUGUUGUAUAUAACAUUUGAAGAAUUUGAGUUAGAAAUUAACAAGAAACACAAGAUGUCUAAACAAGAAAAUGAUUGCUUUAACUGAGACUAAAUACAUCAGCAAGUGACCUAUAAUCUUAAUUGCUUGACAACACAAUGGCACCUGUGUUUCUUGGGUUUCUUUAUAAGCUGUGUUAGCUGCUGAGGUUAUUUGCUGUUGAAUGAGAUAACAGUUGUGUAACCAGAAAUCUGGAUAAUGAAACAGCCAUGACCUGUUUCGAGGUACUAAUAUGAUAUUUGUCUGAAAGGGUUGAGUAAAACUAUCGAAAACACUAAGACCAGUUGGUGUUCUGGUCAGCAUUUAAACCACAUGUCUCAGUCAAGCUGCUUUGUUGAUCUGCUUGGUAUGAUGAUCAUUUCAAAGUAUACUAGUACUCAAGUACGGCCAUUUUUCCCAUUCAAAUCACAGACAAAUGAAAAUGACAAAAGUAGUACAGAUUGUUAAAUGACUUUUGAUUGUGUAUAAAUUAGUUGAAAACUGUUAGAUGCUAUUAAAUAUUGUGGCUGCAAAAAAUUAUAAUGGGCUUGAAAGAGAGGAUUAUAAGACCAAAAGUAGUUCACAAAAACAUGGUUAAGUUAACAGUUAUAUUUUAGUUGGGCUGGAACAGACUACUGUCCUUCAGGCUAAUAUUGGUGAUCUAGGAAUUUAAGUGAGGAGGACAUGGAUAUUGUAACAAAGGGACUUGGAACACGACUGAAAAUUUUUACUUUCAGGUUUCCCCAGUUUUUGCCCAGUAUGUUAUAAAAAGGUACCAACAUUGCUAUAGAUCGUGUUUUAGCUUGGCAUGAGUGCUUUCCUAGCACAUUUUGGUCACAAAAGUAUGAUUAAUUUUAAUAAUUACGUUUUUAAUUUUAACUUUUAUAAGCAUAUGAACAUGCCAACUUUGUUAAUAUGGAGGCCAUAAAUAGCUUUUAUUUGUAUGUUUACAUCUUAGGCCUAUAAUGUACAUAUUUUUAACAGUGGAGUGAUGGCUUCCAAGCUCUUCUACCUGACUGACAGCUCUAUUUCACUACUCACAUGAGUUACUUACAGGAUUUCCACAAUGUCCUGGCACUCAUGUAUUUUUUGUUCUACCAUAUGAAUGUCAAAUGGCAGAACAGCACCUUAAUACAGGUCAGAACCACUUCUCCCACAGCCUUCCAGAUUCACAACUCAUUAUUAUCCUGCCAUCUAUCAUUCUGUUUAAUCUACACAGUUGACACUCAAUUCUUCAAUCAACAAUAUAAAUAUAGUACAUAAUGUUAUGGUGAAAUAUCAGAAUAAAGGUUAUUACUCGAAUAAAUAAAUGUUUGCUAAGAAUUUAUAAGUUUAGCCUUGUUAUAUACAUGGACAUAACAACUCACACCUAUAUAUAUAUAUAUAUAUAAAAAAUUGCAAUUAUUAACCAUUGCAUGAUAAAAAUUGUUACUGUGUAUGAUUAUUUGAUUAUGUACAAAUCUAGGUAACUAACUGUUGUAACUUUUAAUAUGCAUUCUGAUGUCUUUCAUACCCCCUCCUCCUUGAAUUUGCUCUAAAGAAUAUCCCUUUUAUUUAAUGCCCUCUUUUUAUAUUUUCCUCCAGAAAUCCUACUUCUGAUUAUUUUGCAUAUGGUCAGUUAACUACUUACCACAUCAGUCAUCAUUCAUCAUUAUUAAAGUAGCAUAGUAAAACAGAUAUCAGUGUGAAAAAUAAGGUGAGGUACUUGCAGCAUGAUUAACAUUCAUUGUGCUUGACAAAUUCACUGGAUUCAUAUAUGUUGUGCUAGGUCUCACUCUGACAAGAGUCCUUAACAUGGAAUAAUUACUUAACACACUUAAACACUUUUAAAGGAAUUUUAACAAACUCAACAAUUUUUGGAGGGAGGGGGGUCAGGGUUUUAUUGAAUUUCUGAAAUUUUGUUGUACCAGUACUCACAGUGUGAAAUAUUUUCUCUAAGAGUUUUUGGCACAUUGGCAAGAAAUAAGUAAUUUGCAUUGCUCUGAAACUGCAUCAUAUCAGCAUUUGUUAUACUAAAAUGUUACUGUAAUGACUUCAUUUAGUGGUCCAGACAUUAUGAUUUUGUCUAAAUAAUAACAGUUAUAGGACACUGUGGACAUUCUGUACAUUGGCCUAAUUAUUUUGACUUUUACGCUGUCAUAUUGAUUGUAAAAACCAUAAUUACUCUAGGACAAUGUACCUUCCAUACACAUCAUAUCUUUACAAGUAGAUGUACUUGGAUUUUUAAAUCAGAUUAAAUUAAAAGGAUGACUGUAAUCUGAUUUUAAACAUUCAAAAAUUGUUUUAACCUACAAAUACAAUAUAUAUAUAUAUAUAAUCUAAAUGAAAGUGAACAUAAAUAAAAAUCUUAAUCUAAAACUUUCUUCACAGUUAGUAAUGACUAGUGAUUCUGCUUCUAGAAGCACUUUGCAAGCUAUUUUAGAAGUUACUAGUGAAAGAAAUGAAUUUAAAUCAAUGCUAAAUUUUCUCUAUAAUACUGCACACAAUUUAAGGAACUGUAAGCACAAAUAGCAUUAAACUACAUACUACUACUAUGCAUUCCAUUACAUCUAAAGAUACUGAUUACCCACAGAUCAUUUACAUUAUUUUUCUUCCAUCCCAACCUGCCUUUUUAUAUAACUGAUAAAACUAUAAAUAAAUAAAUAGAUAAAUCUGUUCAGUUCUAACAGUGCAUUGCUGACACUUUUGUCAGCACUUUUGAGUGACAGUUGACACUGUGUUAUUGUUGACUGGUUUGCUUGCUGACAUUUUGAAGACAUUUGGCAUCUCUAUCUCAAGGUAAAAGUACACAUGCCUCAUCUUUAACCAUUUAAUUUAUCUGAAGUAUAAAAUUUAAAUAUAUUUCAUAUCUGUGAUUAUGUUAAUGACUUUUGCUUUAAUUGUGUAUAAAUGUCAAUCUCACAAGCAAUCUUUCAUAUUAUUUACUGUUAAAAUGUUCAUUAUUUUAAGAGAAGAUUGUUUUGCUGUUAUUUAUAUAUAUAUUCUGAUAAUCACUACUGUUCAUUAAGAAUAACUAAUAUGGAUGUUGUUUUUGAUAAGUAUAUAAGGGUGUUAUAAUUAAGUGAAGGAAAAAUUUUGCAUGUAUGGUGCUAAGCUUAAGGAGUAAUGGAAAACUAAGAGUUAUAGUUAGUAAUAAUAAUAAUAAUAAUAUAAUAUUAAAAUUAAGGUAUGCUGGACAUACUAUUUGUAUUCUUGAAUAAUAAGGAAUGUUAUAUUUCCCCAUGAAUUAACUGUAUUUUCUUAACAGGAAAUCCAUUUGAAGUCAAAGUUGAAUACAUCAAUACAUGACAAGAAUACAGAAAAUAUCAACCACUAAGAAAUUAAAACCAAAAUUAAAUGUCAUGAUACAGAUCAAAAUCUGUCUGUCUAAAGUACUUCGCUUUCUCACUGCAGAGGGGGGAGGAAAAAAACACUCGUUUUUCAUAAUAGCAUAUGCUUGAUAUUAAACAGACAGUUGUAAGCUACACUGUGUCUCUGUUUGGCACUAUUAAUGAAUCUGAAUAAUAUAAAGUCAGACAGUAAUUAUGAGGGUUCAAUAGAUCCACUUGCCUGAUCAUCUCUUAUCUGGGACAAGUAAAAAAUUGAUGCUGAAUAUUUUUAAAAUAUUUGGUAUUUUUCAUUAAUAGUUUCUCCCUCUCUAUUUGGUUGUAAGUGGUGUGGAUAUGAGUUUUUUUUUUACUGAAUAAUGACAAUUAUGAACACCUGGAUGUGGGAAAGAUGUAACAGGAAAAUAUAAUUCUUAGUCAGCAUUGUAUGCAUAAUCCAGCACUUUGUUUCAAUUCAAUUGGUGUGACACAUAUUGUGCCAAGAACUGCUGAUAAUGGUUACUCAGCUGUCCAUUGUGCAGGCCAAUUGUAAUUAGUGGGUUGCUGACAACAAUUAUUCACAAUAUAGUAUUCUGUAUAGCUUAUAUAUUAUGUGACUGAAAGUUGGCUGGUAUAGAAUCAGCACAGGUGCAUGCAGUUUCUCUUGUGAAAGAAAUAUCUGUCAAGUAGAAUGUUUGUUUAACUGGUGAAUUCAGCCAAUAUUUGUUGACACCUGGUAAUUACUUCAUUAAACAACAACAUGAAGCUUUGUACAAAUAUUACAACAUGGACACAAUAUUGUAUUCUACAGUGUCAAGUUAAUUAAAAUAUUUGAGGCCAUAUAAUAAAUGCAACUGCAUGAUUAUGAGCCACUGUUACUUGGUAAAUGCUUAGGAAUGACUAUUGAACUGUACAUUUUUAUUAUCUUUCUGUGGUUUCCUACAUAAAAUCAGGAACAUAUACAAUGUUUGCUAAUAAAGAGGACUCAGUUAUAGAAACAUUUUCUGAACAAACACAUUGUUGAACUGAUAGUUUGUUGCUAGAUUUUCACAAAAAUUUGUCUGCAUGUAUAUUCCUAAACUGUUUUAAAGAUAACUUUUCAGUCAUUGUGGAUAAAAAACUUUUCAUUGUAAGACAAGAGUCUGAUUAUUUGUGAUACCUUAAAACAUAUUAUCUAGAAAGUUGAGUCUGUUAUUCACAUCAGUAAUAUGAGAAUUGUGAAACAAUUAAUUUUCAUAUGUUGUAGUGGAAUUCCUUAUCAUUUUUUUCUAUCAGCACACCUAUAAUGUCACAUGGAGCAUUGAUAUUGCCUUUACUUCAAAUUGCAAAACUCUAUGGCUGUAUAACACCCAAUCCUGACAGUCAAGUGAGAUUUACUUCACUAAUAAUACUUGCACCAUAAAAGUAUUGAGUAAAGAGAGAAGUUUGGUAUAAUUAAAAUUAACCACUAGAUAUGGAAACCCUAUUUGCCAUAAAUUUAAUAACUUAAAGGCAAAAAUUGACCUAUUAUUACAAUCAGUUUGUUAUGUAUUAUAUGCCUCUGUGUGUGUGUGUGUGUAUGCAUGUAUGUGUGUGUGUGUGUGUGUGUGUGUGUGUGUGUGUAUUAGUGUGCACAUUCAGCUCGCACACUGUGGCAAUAAGAAGGUAAAUUGCAACAGCGUUCACGGAAAUAUGGCAUAUAUUCUUCGAACCCAUAAAAAAUCCUCUGCAUGGCACAACAUAGAUCACACUAUCAAUACAUUAUUAUACAGUGUUAUGCCAAUGUGUGUUAACUACAUUUUCAUAUGGUUGAUAUUCCAAUGUAUAAACACCUAAAGAAAGAUAAUUUUUAAAAGUAAUGUUAUGGGAAUAUUUGAUGGAAGAAAUAUUGAGAAUGUUUUUGUAGAUGUUUUGUGUCUAAAUCCCUGGCUUGUUGAAAAGAUUGUAAUAGUUAUUUAUGUUAUGAUAUAUAUUUACAUGUUUAUUAUAUAAAAUUAAUUGUUGAUAUUGCAUAUAUCAAUGGUUUGUCGUAAGCAUUGUCAUCAGUUAACUGUUAAAUGUUAAUGAAAAUUGUAAUCCAUUGCAAUAAAAUGGAGAAAAUUUAUACCAGUU